UGCUCGUGCGCGCGCGUCGCCUCCCACCUCUUCGUCCGCCGCGGCCGCCCGCACUCUCCCUUCCGCCGUCGUGGGCGCGACGGCGACAGGGGAGGCAAAAGCAGGUGAGGUCGGAAGCGGCGGCGGAGACCGGAGACGGCGUCGGCCCCCCGCCGUCUACUCCUACUCACGCACCACCGACGCGCCCGCGAGUUUAGCGGAGGUCGAGGCGGGAGGAAGGCGGUGGGGGUUCCCGGCCGGCGGGCAGGAGGGUCGGGGUCGGGGGCGGGGAUGGGGCUCGACGGCGCGGUCUCGGGGGUGGUGUCGAGGAAGGUGCUGCCGGCGUGCGGUGGGCUCUGCUACCUCUGCCCUUCGCUGCGUCCACGCUCCAGGCAGCCCGUCAAACGCUACAAGAAGAUCCUCGCCGACAUCUUCCCCGCGAAGCAGGAAGACGGACCAAAUGAGAGGAGGAUUGGGAAGCUAUGCGAGUAUGUUGCUAGAAACCCUCAUCGUGUGCCAAAGAUCACAGCUUACUUGGAGAAGAGGUGUUACAAGGAGUUGAGAAAUGAGCAGUAUGGCUUUGUGAAAGUUGUUGUGCUAAUAUACCGCAGGCUAUUGGUCUCUUGUAAAGAACAGAUGCCGUUACUGGCAAAUAGCUUGUUAAGCAUCAUACAAACACUUUUGGAUCAAUCAAGGCAGGAUGACAUGUGCAUCAUUGGCUGUGAAACCUUGUUUGAUUUCACUGUCACUCAGUUGGAUGGUACAUAUCAGUUCGAUUUGGAAGAGCUUAUUCCAAGCCUCUACAAACUUUCUCAAAUAGUAAGGGACGAAGAGAAAGCUAAUGCACUCCGUGCAGCAGUCUUGCAAUCUCUUUCUGCUAUGAUCUGGUUUAUGGGUGAGCUCUCUCAUAUCUCAUCAGAGUUCGAUAAUGUUGUCGAAGUAGUAUUGGAAAGCUAUGAGCCUCGAAAGGUGCAAAGUGACAAUAGCGCUGCCGCUACUAAAAAUCCAAGUUGUCAGUGGGUGGAAGAGGUCCUUAAAACCGAGGGCCAUGCCUCUCCAUCUUCAUUUAUAUUUUCUGUGAUACCUUCUUGGGAGAGCAUAGUUAGUGACUUUGGAGGAGCUCAACUGCUUAUGGAUGAUUCCAAGGAUCCUUAUUUUUGGUCAAGAGUCUGUGUGCAUAACAUGGCUAAGCUGUCCAGGGAGGCAACCACAUUCCGCCGUGUUAUGGAGUCCCUAUUUCGCCACUUUGAUAAUACCAAUUCAUGGUCAUCCAAGAAUAGUCUUGCACUUUGUGUUCUACUGGACAUGCAAAUGUUCAUGGAAAACUCAGGGACAAACAUUAAUUUGAUGAUAUCAGUACUAGUAAAACACCUUGAACACAAGGCCAUACUGGAACAACCUGAGAUGCAACUCAGCAUCGUGGAAGUGAUAGCUGCUCUUGCAGAACAAUCAAGAGCUCAGGCUUCAGCAGCAACCAUGGUUGCUAUAAGUGACCUUGUAAGGCAUAUGAAAAAGACACUGCAUUUAGCUCUCGGUAGCAAAGAUUUGGAGGUGGUAAAGUGGAAUGACAAACUCCGCAAGGCUUUUGAUGAAUGCAUAACCCAGCUGUCAAAGAAGGUAGGUGAUGCUGGGCCAGUUCUUGACAUGAUGUCUGUGAUGCUAGAGAACAUAUCACGCACUCCUCUUGUUGCUAUAGCAACUACCUCAGCUGUUUACCGCACAGCUCAAAUAAUCGCUUCAAUACCAAAUUUGUCGUAUCAGAACAAGGUAUUUCCAGAAGCACUUUUUCAUCAAUUGCUGUUAGCGAUGGUUCACCCUGAUCAUGAAACACGUGUUGGUGCACACCGCAUAUUUUCUGUUGUCCUUGUUCCAUCUUCUGUUUCUCCCUUUCCCAAUUUGAAAUCCCUAGAUCAGUGUAGAAAGCAUGAUGUCCAGAGAACACUCUCGAGGGCUGUAUCUGUCUUCUCAUCUUCAGCUGCUUUGUUUGAUAAGCUGAGAAGGGACAAAAACUCCUUCAGAGAAUAUUUUCAUGAAGGAAGCAUGAACAGAAUUUUGCAUGGUAUUGAUGAUGAAACUGCUACUCCCAAUGACUUGCUAGGCUCCCAAAGUUUGAGAGAAAACCUCAGAUUUCCUUCAGUGUCUCGGAAAUAUUCUUCUGCUUCUUUAAAGGAAGGUCAAAGUCCCGUGACGGAGUCAAUCAACGAAAUGGAAAUGACUGUGUUAAGACUAAGUAGUCAGCAGGCCACUCUUCUGCUCUCAUCUAUUUGGCGUCAAGCGCUUUCUCCAAAAAAUACUCCUCAAAACUAUGAAGCUAUUGCUCAUACAUAUAGUUUGCUUCUAUUGUUUUUGGGAUCAAAGACAUCAAUUUUUGAGGCUCUUGCUCCCAGUUUUCAGAUUGCAUUUUCUUUAAUGAGCCAUUCACUUGGAGGAACAGAUUCAUUGCCACCAUCUCGCCGCCGGUCCUUAUUUACUCUGGCUACAUCUAUGAUUGUUUUUUCCUCAAGAGCUUUCAAUGUGGCGACUCUUCUCCCAAUUUGUAAAUCAAUGCUCAAUGAUAGAACGAUGGAUCCAUUCCUUCAUUUGGUACAUGAGAACAAACUUCAGGCUGUGAAGGACUAUACAGAAGAUCCAUCAACAUUCUAUGGCUCAGCUGAGGACAAUCAGAAUGCCUUGAAGUCUCUUUCAGCAGUGGAACUAACAAAUAGUUGCUCUCGAGAAUCCAUGGUCUUUGCCAUUAUGAACUCCAUAACAGAUUUACCUGAUCUGGAGUUAGAGAAUAUUAGGAGUCAACUGCUACGUGAUUUCUCCCCUGAUGAAAUGUGCCCAGCUAGUGCUCACUUUCUUGAAUCACCUGGCAAGAUUGCACGGCCAAGUUCUGAUGAUGACACCGACUAUCAAGAGGUAUAUGUGUAUCACCUAUAUAUCUGUCUCGCUUUCUUUACCAUCUUAACGGUACAUGGAAAUUUUGAGCAGGCUGAACUUAUCGAUCUGAGAAAUGACAACAAUACUUUUGCGGAAUUCUCUGCAACUACACUGACGGCUACAGCUAUUCCUGUGCCCACAACAAAUCUUCUCAGUAUUGAUGAACUUCUAGAAACAGUCAUGAAUGACACGUCAUCUCAGACCAGAGCGCAAUCGAUGGCCGGUGACAUCCCAUUCCAGGAGAUGACUAGCCACUGCGAGGCCCUUUCGAUGGGAAAGCACCACAAGAUGUCCCUGCUCAUGAGCUUCAAGCAAAACAAGCAAGCUGCCACCGCUGUCGUGCCGGAAAAUCAGGUUAACCGCGAUGAAGCAGCCCAUACCUCCAACAAGCAGAACACAAACCCGUUCCUCCGGCACAGCAUCGGUGCCGAAGUGGCACAGGUUGCUGGCGUCGUCCAGCAGCCGUUCCUGAGGCUGCCAGCGUCCAGCCCCUACGACAACUUCCUCAAGGCUGCUGGCUGCUGAUUUCCGCAUCCCUGCAGAAACCCCGCCGUGUAACGAACUGAAUGUAUAUGUAACAGUGGUUGGCAGCUGAUUGGUCAUACAGGCCAAAGCUGCCAUUUUGCUGCUGUAUCUGUGUGCCUUCAGAAAAGAAAAGAAUGAAAUGAAAAAAGAGGACUCCAAGUUUUCAAAGAAAGUUGCCUGCCGCAAGCUUAUUUUCUUUUUGAACGAACUGGCACGGUAUUGUGUUCAUUUCAUAGAACAGAGAAGAGCUGCAGCUGCCUCGAGCUUACGAGCUAAA